GAAGGGAGACUCAGAACAACUCCAACUAGAGGACAGUCAGGAUCUCACUCAAGCUCACAGCCGAACAUUACUUGAAGAAUACAAAGUUUCUAAGAUAAUCCUUCAGUGAAUAUUGUGAGUAAAUACUUUCACUUGAAACAGUGUAUCAGUAAAUAUGAUUCGUGAAGGUUUGAUGGAACUUCCUCCAGUGUCAAUGUUGCAACACCCACUAGGGUGGUACGAAGAAGCUGCAGACAUGAUGGAAGAGAUGAUGCACAUGAUGAAGAGAUGGAGUGAUAGAGAAUAUUUGGUGAUGAGGCCCAGCACUUGGUGCAGACCUCGUAGCUGCUGCCCCUACAACACCAACUGUGCCAGGAGUACCUACAUGACAAAGCCGCUACGAGCUCCUCACAAGAGUGUUUAUGUUCUACCGAACUUCCUAUUGGACACCACAGGCGGCAGUGAAAGCCAUAAAUGCAACGAUCAAGAGGUGUAUUCUAACAGUUGUGUGAGAACACAGGAGUCUUGUGGUUGUAACACUGACAACACUACAGGGAGAAUCACAUCCAAGGGUAGCAGUGUCAACACCUGCAGCGCCUCCAAUAACAAUGAAAAAGAUGGUGAAAGUAAUCGUGAGACUCCAUGGCAGUAUACUGUAGACCUGAGCGGGUGUGAUGAGGUGCAGGUGUCCACUAACUCACAGGUGUUGAGGGUGGAAGGUCGCGGGCAGCGUGGAAAUUCUAAGACGAUGGUGCAACACCUUACAACCCUGCCACAAAAUAUCACUGCUGACCAGAUCAUUGCCACUCUCAAUAAUGGUCAGCUCACUGUCAAGCAGAAGGCACCUCUACGUCUUGCUGAUGUUAUUGUCGUGCCCAUUGUCAGCAAGAAAGAGCUGCAGUCAACAGACGCAUCGCCCCAGCGGGAACAGUGUCAGCAUCACCAACACACAUCACAUAGUCAAAAACAACCACAACAACAGCAGCAGCAACGAGGUCAUGAUGGUGAAGAUCACCAGUCACACAAGCAGCGAGAACCAAGAGAACAGGAAAAUCAAGCAGGAAAGACUCAAACUAUUCAGAUAUAAGAAAGCAAAUAUUAUAACUCAGUAUUAACAUUCCAUUAUGUUGCUAGACCAAUCAAAUACAAAUAUGUAACUACCUUAUUCCACACCAACACAGCUGGCAAUAUCUUCUCAUCUACCUCGUCUUAAUGACAGAUGUAAGGCAAAUUUUAUAAUAAAUUUUAUUGUACUCA